ACCUCCUCUUCCUCCACAGCAGACACACAAACACACACACACACACACACACACACACACACACACACAAUCACAUUCUGCCUGCCGCCGCAGCCUUUUCAGGGAAACAGAAAGCAGCGCUGGCUCGUCGACACUCAAGAGUUCCGGUGUUUAUGUGUGUGAAAUGGAGACCUUACAUAACAACAGCUGUGGGAAAUACUAAAAAGCCCAGCAGACCUUCACAUGCAGGAAGGGGAAAGGAACGAUCGGCGCGGCUGAGGAAGCCGCCGCUGAAGGAUCUUUCUGGAGUCAUAAAUCACUCAUUUUUUACACAUCCAAUUUUCCACUGCUGCUGAUGUUAGCAACAACAUGGACCAGUAUAGACACACAUGCUGCAAGGCACUGCAAAAUUUUGGAGUCCUCCUACAUAUCUUCUCAGUCCUACUCCAUUUAAUGACCUUUUACUGAAGUGGGUACAAUACACAGUGCAGGUAUGGUGGUGCCCCUCAGCAAGCUGCACUGCCUCUUGAAGAGAGCUCAGAUGCUGCUGCUCUGCCUGGGCAUUGCCUAUCUGAUGGCAGGCAGCAUCUUGCUCCUGCAGCGCUCCACCAUCAAGGCUGUUCAGUCCAACCCCCCAAGCCUGCCGCCCCUGCUGUCUCUUGUCGCGCCUCCUGCUGCCCUCGGGACAGCGGGCAUGGGCAUGAGGGCGCGUUCCAGAUGGGCUACUGUUCAGGCCGUAUCCGGUGGGGGAGCCAAAGUAUUGCGAAACUGGCCCAGUUCCCGCAGCCUGGGGGUCCAACACUUACACCGCCGCUGGUUUCACAGUCUGCUGCCAGAGAGUCCAGAGCAGAAAGUGUCUCAGCACAGGAACAGCAGACAUAAAGGAACCUACAUUGGCUGCUUCCUGCAUAAUGCCACCGAUCGAGCCCUGGGCGGAACCAUGCUGUAUGACCUGCGUAAAAUGACCAGCUCCCUGUGUCAGGACACCUGCUCUGAAAGUGGAUACCAGUUUGCAGGCUUGGAGUAUGGAGCUGAGUGUCACUGUGGGAACCGGAUCAGCAGCCCCCAGGCUCCGGAGGAGGACUGCAGUCUGGUGUGCCGGGGUGAGAGGGGUUCUCCCUGUGGCGGCGUUGGCCGUCUCUCCAUUUACAAGGUGGAGGAGCAGCUGCCAGGUCACCGAAAAUUUAGAAACAUUCACCGCCGUGGCUGCUUCAAGUUGACAAACAGCACCAUUGGCACCUUCCCGAUCCACUCCUUUCAGCCAAACCUAACCACGCAGUCCUGCAUUGAGAUGUGCACUGAUAAGGAGCUCCCCCUGGCUGUGUUGAAGAAACCUCACUGUUUUUGUACAUGGACAUCGUCUCUUUUCAACAUCAACCAGCAGUCAAACAAGCAGGAAUGUGCAGAAAGCAGCAGUCAGAACCACACAGAAAGCUUUGGAUCCACAGCCCCUGCAGAUAGUGACCAUUACCAGGUGUAUCACACUCCUGUGCUCGACUCCAGGUGCAAAGAGAGGAUGUUUCUGCCUCACAGAUCUUCCUCCCUAGUGGCUCUGUCCAGUUUUCCGGGGGCAGGCAACACCUGGGUCCGACACCUGAUUGAGCUUGUGACAGGCUACUACACUGGCAGCUUCUAUUUCGAUGGCAGUCUCUACAACAGAGGUUUCAAAGGGGAAAAGGAUUACUGGAAGAGUGGUCGUAGUAUCUGUGUGAAGACCCAUGAAAGUGGUCAGAAAGAGAUCGAGAUGUUUGAUUCUGCUAUCCUGCUGAUUCGAAACCCUUAUCGGUCUUUAAUAGCUGAAUUCAACCGCAAGUGUGCCGGACACCUGGGCCAUGCAACAGAGGCACAGUGGGAGAGCAAAGAAUGGCCAGAAUUUGUCUCCAGCUAUGCCCCUUGGUGGGCCUCCCAUGCUCUGAGCUGGAUGAAGUUUGGACGGCGCCUGCUGGUGGUGCAUUAUGAGGAGCUGCAGAGAGCCCUCCUCUCCCAGCUCCGACUCAUCGCUGCUUUCUUAAAUAUCACCAUCAGUGAGGAGAGGCUUCUGUGCUCACAGAGCAACCAGGAUGGCUAUUUCAAACGCCCGGGGGCCCAGCGGCCCUCCUUCGACCCAUUUACUCCUGACAUGAGGCAGAUGAUUGACUCCUUCAUUCUCACAGUUGACCUGGCACUGCAGAGCAGGAACUUUAGCAGAAUUCCACAGGAGUACCUCCCCAGAUGAUGGUGGGUAGACUUUGAAAUAACUGGUUCACCCUUGGUCUGAGGGAAGAAAGGUUCGCAGCUUUUUCUUAGCAGGGGGCAUGAUUGGAUAUGCUGAUGUAAGUGGACCAAGUGACUCUUUCACAAGCUGGGCCACAAAAAUAAUGACAAGUCCCUGAGAAAUCCAGCUGAGAACAGUUGUUGAAAAGCUCGUGAUAAAUGAUGAGGAGAUCUUUUCUCUCUGAAAGCAGAGACAAACACUCAGAGAGGAUUUGACAUAAACUAUUAACUUGAAGAAGGGUCUGGGUGACCCAAGUGCUCCACUGCCAGAAUAUGGAUGUGCUUGUGCAGGUUUAAUUCCUCUGGUUCAAAUUAUCUCGUUAGUAAGCAUAUCCAGAUAAAAUAAUGAUAAAGACAGAGCUUUUUUGUUGUACAACAUUUUGCAGACAGAUAAAAGCCUCAGAACUGUCACAUGUGAUUGUACGGACUUUCUAUGGGAAUUACUGUUGGCUGAUCACAAACUGAGUGUGAAUUCCUAUGAAGAUUUGAUGUCAUUAAAGAUUUGAAGCAAGA